AUGGAUGUUCGCUCUGCACAGACCUCCACUCGCGCGCGCGCUCGGCCGACCAUGGCAGCCAGGAAACUACAAACGGAAAUUGAUAGGACGCUGAAGAAGGUGUCCGAGGGGGUGGAGUUGUUCGAGAGCAUCUACGACAAGAUGCAGGCGAGCACGAACCAGACGCAGAAGGAGAAGCUCGAGACGGAUUUGAAGACGCAGAUCAAGAAGUUGCAGCGGCUGAGGGACCAGAUCAAGACCUGGGUCAGCGGGAACGACAUCAAGGACAAGACGGCGCUGCUCGAGAACAGGCGGCUGAUCGAGACCCAAAUGGAGAAGUUCAAGGCGUGCGAGAAGGAGAUGAAGACGAAGGCGUUCAGCAAGGAGGGCCUGAUCCAGAGCGCGCGGCUGGACCCGGCAGAACAGAAGAAGCUCGAGACGACGCAGUGGCUGCAGUCGUCAGUCGAGGAGUUGCAGAUGCAGGUCGAGUCGGCAGAAGCCGAGAUCGAGACAUUGCAAGGCACCGGCCGCAAAAAGUCGAAGCAGGGCGCAGCGGCAGAGCGGCUGGAAGAGCUCGAGCGCUUGAACGAGCGCCGCAAGUGGCACAUAUCCCGGUUGGAGAUUAUCCUGCGAUUAUUGGAUAACGGCACGUUGACGACGGACCGGGUACUGGCGCUGCAGGAGGACGUGAAGUACUUUGUGGAGGACAACGCGAGCGAGGAUUUCGACGAAGACGAGAUGAUCUACGACGAACUCAGGCUCGACGAGGAAGAGGAGAAGUUCGGCAAGCUCGCCCACGAAGACGACGAGUCCGACCUCGUCUCUGAAGCAGACCUCCCUCCGCGAACACCGAAGAAGGCGACACAUAGCAAUCACCAUAAAGACGACGAAGAAGAUAGCGUGAAACGAUCACGAGACAAGAAGGACGAGCGCGGGGACGAGUCGCCCAUCCUCAAGAAGGCCGGUGCCACAUUACAGAUGCGCAAACACUCAACAGCGAGCGAAGCACGGCCCGCGCCGCCACCGCCCAAUCCUAAUUUCGGACAGGCGCCCAUGGCGUCUGUUCUGAAAGCCGGUCUCCCGAAACCCGCAGCGCCGACAUUACCGCCGUUGAAGUACGCUGCUGCUGCAGCGGGCGCGUCAUCGUCAUCCAUCGCUGCGUCCGCAUCGGCAACACCGGCAACACCGAGUAGACAGGCACCACCGACGAAGGAGAAGGAGGCGAGCGUGAGCAGGGAGGAGAUGGCGAGCGUCGCGACGACAAGUCCGAGCUUGACACAUGCGACAACGACGAGCCCGUUCAUGUCGUCUGCGUCUGUCGCAUUAGCAGAUGGAUCGAUGGACUCGCCGGCAAUAUCCGAGGCGGUACCGUCAACAUCACCGUCAAGAGCAGCAACACCAGCGAGUCCGGAGGUAUCCAAGGUCGACGCGCCCGCACCUAUAUCCGCACCGUCCUCCGCAGCAGCACCGGCGCCCGCACCAUCAUCACAAGCCGCACCGUCAGCACUGCAACCUACAACAGCACCAGCAGCACCUGUGGCAUUGGCAUCUGCAUCUCCCGCACCCGCAGCACCACUAGCGAGCAGCUCAAGCUCACCGGCACCUGCACCGUUAUCGUCAGCUACGCCCGCGCGUCAACCGGAAUACCCCGCUAUGCUCGGCGACCUCGUCAGCUCGUUUGAGGCGGUCAAGCAGAAGGCGCCUGCACGGAUGGCCGAUGUCAACGGGUUGCAUAAGUUCUUGAAUAGCAGCUACGCGAGCAUGCCGACUGCGCAGGACACCGAGAAGCCGAAGUACUACGUACCGAGGAAUCCGUACCAGAGUCCGGCGUAUUACCCGCAACAACCGUUGAGGUUGUUGAGCUCGCCGCAACUAUUCGCCCAGCUGGACGUCGAGACGCUCUUCUACGUCUUCUAUUACCUCCCCGGGACGUACCAGCAGUAUCUCGCGGCGAAAGAGCUGAAACGCCAAUCAUGGCGCUUCCACGUCAAGUACUUGACCUGGUUCCAGCGGCACAGCGAGCCCCAGGCGAUCACGGACGAGUACGAGCAGGGCGUGUACGUCUACUUCGACUGGGAGGGCUCGUGGUGUCAGCGCAAGAAGAGCGAUUUCAGGUUCGAGUAUCGGUAUUUGAGCGAGGACUAG